UAUUCAAGUAUAAGAAAGGGGUGCACAACGUAUUGGAUGUUAAUGUAACGGCGUUCGCAGAGUGCGCCGCACCUACAAACCAAACCCCGCUCAAAACUGGAAACGAUAUCAUUCCAUUGCGACGUCCUGGAACCAGAUGGUUCAUAUGUAGCAUUGCCCGCCACUGUCAGUCAGGACAAAAGCUUGUCAUUUUCGUAGACAACCCACCGUCCAACGGCGGACAGGCUUCUCCCCCGCCGUCGUCUCUUCCCCUGGCGCCCAUCUCUUCUCCAACGCCGCCGUCGACCUCUGCCCCUCCUCCUUCAGCGCCUGCGCCUAGUCAGAACCAAACUACCCCACACUUGCCAGUUCCAACUCCAAGCGAAAGCAUCCCACCAUCGCAGUCGCCUGUUCCCAGUCCGAGCCCCACUGCUCCACCGCCAUCCGGGUCUGCCUCGAAAGCCGCUAUUUCCGGGCAUCUUGGGGUUUUGGCAGUGGCGGUUGGCGCUCUGGCUGGAAUAAUGACAUAA